AGAGCCCGCCUUUACUGUAGAAUACAAUUACCAAUUGGAUGUCGCCAAGCAAAAUAAUUUAGCGCGUAGAUUACUAUUGUACCAUCUGGUUGUCAGUCAUUUCAUCAUCAGCUAAUGGGCUUCGGUUAAGUAAAAACUAAAAAAAAAAAACUUCCCGUCGAGUUCGGUUGGCGUCACCAUAUAUAAAGAUCACCGGGAGUUCCCGAAAAAUCACAUUCAGUAUCCUAAGCCGAACAAUGGUUAACAUGAGCUAUCACCAAUCUCAACUAAAAUAUAUACACAGUCCGAACCCAAGACAGUCGAGAAAGCGAAAUACUAAAAGAAAAAGGACUUGUUGGGACAAAUUAUCGCCAACGACCAAUUGCCAGACUUGAUCAUAAGAGGCUUUCAGAAGUCCUGGUCCAGCGCGUUCCAGCGUGUGGAAGACUCAUCGGUGUCGACUGAGUAACGGAGCGAAAGAUGACUGCCGAGUGGCUUCACCUGCCCCCUCCGUACCCCCCAGGUGUGGGACCGCUGUGUGGUGCAGAGUUGGAGGCGUGGUAUGAGGACCUGCAGGAUAUACUGGGAUCAGACGGGGGCGGGGCCAAACUGGCGCGUGCCCCUCCCUGCUCUGAGAAGGAGCCGGAGUUCCUAGAUGUUCUGGAGAGCUGUUCCCUGACAUGGCUGACAGACGGGGUGGGAGUGGGUGUCGGGGGCGAGGCGUGGGACGGAGGUGAGGGGGUCCAGAGGGUCACGAUCCCAGAGGAGCCUCCUACCCAUCCACCCCACCACACCUCCUCCAACACCUCCCGUCCGAGUCCAGCUGAAGAAAGGCCGGAGAGGCAAGGGGACAGGGAGGGAGGGAGGGAUGGAGAAAGAGGUGGCUCAGGAGGAGGGGGCCUGUUGCCCCCAGAGUUCUUUGAGUUGCUGAACGAGGGAGGGGUGGGCAUGGUGGAGACCAGAGGGGUGGGCAUGGUGGAGACAGGAGGGAUCAUGGUGGAGACAGGAGGGGUCAUGGUGAGCGGUAGCCACCACCAUCAUCAUCAUCAGCUUCAUCAUCACUCUGACAAUGUCCAACAACCUGAGUCUCCCUCCGCCAGCGAGGAGGAAAACACCUGUGUCCCCGACUCUCCCUCCUGCUCUUCCUCCUGCUCUUCCUCCGCCUCUCCGUCUACCUCUCUCAACUGCUCUCCUCCUUCCUCUCCUACUAGCACCUCGUUCUCCUCGUCUCGGCAGGACAAACGCAAGAGGGGCAACUCUCUGUCCUUCCCUUCCUCCGGCUCACACUCAUCCUCCUCUUCUGCAAAGAAGAGCAGGAGAGAGAGGGAGCAGGAGAACGAGAGGAAGGUGCAGGAGCUGACAGAUCAGAACGAGAGGUUGAACGCGGAGAUAGACAGACUGGGAGAGGAGGUGCAGAGGACACGUCGAGCCCUGAUAGAGAGACUAGUUAACACCAGGAAGUGA